AUGGUGCAGCCUGUUGUUUCCCUCGAGAAGGACGAGGAGAGCUCGCUCUUGCUGCAGUCCACCGCCGGCGACCUAUCCUGGCGCUUAAACUUCGAUGGCUUUCAGUUGUCUCCAGAGCACAAGGAGAAGAAACCUCCUCGUGGCCUCCAUGAUUGCUAUGGGGUUUUGAGUCCUGAAGAUUAUGUGGCUGAGUACUACCAGCAGCAGGUAGAAAUGCUUGAGGGAUUUAAUGAAAUGGAUGCCUUAACUGACCGUGGUUAUGUUCCUGGAAUGUCAAAGGAAGAACGUGAAAAGUUAGCAAAGAGUGAAACAUUUGCAAUCAGAAUAUCAAAUGUUGCCAAUUUGGUUUUGUUUGUAGCUAAAGUCUAUGCAUCAAUCAGAAGUGGCUCCCUUGCUAUAAUUGCAUCCACGCUGGAUUCCCUUCUUGAUCUUUUAUCUGGUUUCAUCCUAUGGUUUACUGCAUUUUCCAUGCAAACACCAAACCCGUACCAGUAUCCUAUUGGGAAAAAACGUAUGCAGCCUUUGGGUAUUCUUGUUUUUGCCUCUGUCAUGGCAACUCUUGGAUUACAGAUAAUAUUGGAGUCAAUUCGGACUCUCUUAUCAGAUGAUUCUGAUUUCAAGUUAACCAAGGAGCAAGAGCGAUGGGUUGUUGGCAUUAUGCUUUCAGUUACUCUGGUGAAAUUGCUCUUAGUUGUUUAUUGCCGUGCUUUCACCAACGAGAUAGUCAAAGCGUAUGCACAAGAUCAUUUCUUUGAUGUGGUCACAAAUGCUAUCGGCCUCGUUGCCGCACUCCUCGCCAAUUAUAUAGAUGAUUGGAUGGACCCCCUUGGAGCUAUUAUUCUGGCUUUAUACACCAUCCGCACCUGGUCGAUGACGGUAUUAGAAAACGUGAACUCCCUUGUUGGAAGAUCAGCUGCCCCCGAGUAUCUACAGAAACUGACCUACCUAUGUUGGAACCAUCACAAGGCAAUCAGACACAUUGACACAGUCCGGGCAUACACWUUUGGGUCUCACUACUUUGUCGAGGUUGACAUCGUCCUGCCUGGAGACAUGCCACUGGAAGAGGCCCAUGACAUCGGUGAGUCGUUGCAGGAAAAGCUGGAGCUCCUACCGGAAAUCGAGAGGGCCUUUGUUCAUCUCGAUUACGAGUACAAGCAUAAACCAGAGCAUGCACAGGCGCACUCUUAGAACAAGGCAAAACAUGGUGCAUUCUUCAACUCUACAUUCCGCAUGUUCAUUUGUGUGGUGAAGUGUAGUUAAGUAAAGUACAACAAGAUCGGUUUCGGUCUCUAAUUUGCCUUAUUCUAUCUGAAUGCUGUGGAAUUUCUUUGGUAAUUUUUGGAGAAAAGAGAACCUGGCAACUGUAUAAAAAUUGAAAAUUCUCAA